UUUUCGCCACUAAACGUUGCGCGCGUCGUCAAUUCGGUCGUGUGUGUCUCUCUGAAUUAUUCUGAAUCCUAGCAAGAUGUCCAAGCCUACUUACAAAGUUGCCGAUAUCAAUCUCGCCGAAUGGGGACGCAAGGCGAUCAUCAUUGCGGAGAACGAGAUGCCCGGCCUGAUGGCGUGCCGCAAGAAGUACGGCCCAUCGAAGAUCCUGAAGGGCGCUCGCAUCACCGGCUGCCUGCACAUGACCGUACAGACGGCGGUGCUCAUCGAGACGCUGGUCGAGCUUGGCGCCGAGGUCCAAUGGUCUAGCUGCAACAUAUUCAGCACACAGGAUCAUGCUGCGGCUGCCAUUGCAGCCACUGGAGUGCCCGUCUACGCUUGGAAGGGUGAAACCGACGAGGAGUACAUGUGGUGCAUUGAACAGACACUGGUCUUUCCCGAUGGCCAGCCACUCAAUAUGAUCCUGGACGAUGGCGGCGAUCUGACCAAUUUGGUGCAUGAACGUUUCCCCGAUUAUUUGAAGGGCAUCAAGGGAAUCAGCGAGGAGACAACGACCGGUGUCCACAAUCUGUACAAGAUGUUCAAGGAUGGUCGCCUGGGCGUGCCCGCCAUCAAUGUCAACGAUUCCGUGACCAAGAGCAAAUUCGAUAAUUUAUAUGGCUGCCGGGAGUCGCUGAUUGAUGGCAUCAAGCGUGCCACAGAUGUUAUGAUCGCCGGCAAGGUCUGCUGUGUGGCUGGCUAUGGUGAUGUUGGCAAGGGUUGUGCCCAGGCCUUGAAGGGCUUUGGCGGUCGCGUUAUCAUCACCGAAAUCGAUCCGAUUAAUGCGCUGCAGGCGGCUAUGGAGGGCUAUGAGGUGACCACAAUGGAGGAGGCUAGCAAGGAGGCUUCCAUCUAUGUGACCACAACCGGCUGCCGUGACAUAAUCACCUCAGUGCAUCUGCUUAACAUGCCCGAUGAUGCCAUUGUGUGCAACAUUGGCCACUUUGAUUGCGAGAUCGAUGUCGACUGGCUGAACAGCAAUGCCAAGGAGAAGGUGAAUGUUAAGCCGCAGGUGGAUCGCUAUACGAUGCCCAAUGGAAAGCACAUUAUUCUGCUCGCCGAGGGUCGUCUGGUCAAUUUGGGCUGUGCCCAUGGCCAUCCCAGUUUUGUCAUGUCCAAUUCGUUUACCAACCAGGUGCUGGCCCAGAUUGAGCUGUGGACCAAGUCGUCCCAGUAUGCUGUCGGUGUGCACGUGCUGCCCAAGCUGCUCGACGAGGAGGUGGCCAGUCUGCAUUUGGAUAAGCUGGGCGUCAAGCUCACCAAGCUCUCGGACAAGCAGGCCGAAUACCUGGGCGUACCGCAGACGGGACCCUUCAAGCCCGAUCACUACAGAUACUAAAGAUCCCCCCAUAAUACACAACUACAAGCCCCUAAAAUCUUUGUGCGAUCACGUUUCUAUAUACGUAAUCAUAUAUGAGAACGUCAUUUUCGCAGUUUAUCGUAACCUUCAAUAAAAUCAAAACUUGCAAUUUA